UACGCGGCUGAUCGCAUGGCGAAUGUGCUGACAUGUAACCUGGCCAAAUGCCGGAAGAAACUGACCACCAUUGCUUGGGUCACCUCCUGCUCUCAUGUGUUUUGUGAGGAAGACGCUACGCGGGAGCUGGCCGAUCGCCCCGUAUGCCCGGCGUGCGGUGUUCAACUGCCAGGAAAGUUCGACCUGGUGCGCGUUGAAGUCGACCCUCCAGAGCACUUUCGAACGAUGGUGCUGGCCGGCUACAGCCCGGAGAUCAUCAUGGAGGCGUGCACGCGUGCCCUGGCUUUCUGGUCGUUCCAAAUGGCUCACCAGAGUUCUUGCCUGGAGACCUCUGUAGAACGCAGCCGCCAGAGGGCAGCACAGCUGGAACAGGCUGUCGAGAGGACCACCAGGGAGUGCAGAGCCCUGAAGGAACACUUGCAGGGUAAGUGA